UCCCUUUUCUCUAUUUAAAUCUACCCAAAGACUCCACCUUUAUUGAAAUAUCUCACUUACAUGGAAUUCCAAAGGGUCUCAUGAGAUCCAUUAAUGGUGUUGAUUGAGUUGGGUCUUAGCUUGCUUUGCUGGAGAGAUAGUGCAUUCUGAUAUUGGGCUUUUCUUUUCUGUGCAAGAUCUACUCCAUUGGUGUUUGAAUUCAUCAAAUGGGUCUAGUUCGGACUACAAGUAUGAGAAGUGCAGACUAUUUGGAAGGGAUGAUCAAUGACUACGUCGGGGGGAAGGCGAAGAUGAGAGCACACAAGAGCACUUCUACUCGCUUCGUCGCCUUCCUCACCUGCCUUCAGUUAGCCUUUGCAAUAUACGCAACCUUUCUUCUCUACUACAUGAGCCCAUCCAUUGAUUUACGGACGAAACCCGAUUUCACAUGGGCCACCCGCAUCGCCAAACAAUGGAAACAGUUCAUCAUUCAGCCCCACGUGCUUGGAAACUACCAAGAAAAUUUCGUUCUCCAAUCAGAACCUCUGAACCCAUCCGAGGUGUGUGAGCAUGAGAAGAUCGAUUUCUUGCAGAAGAAAUCGAAUGACAUUCAGAUGAUCAAGUUCAAGAGGGACCUCUACGAUGAAGUGUUGAAAUUUCAGAAGAAGACAUUAGGGACUGAGACUCUCUCCGAACUGAUGCUGAUGAGCUCGAAGUGGGAUUCUCGGGGUCCGAAUAUACCUAAAAUUACAGUGAUUUUGAACCAUUUCAAGAGGAAAACGCUCUGUUCUCAGCUUGAUUCGCUACUCCAUCAGACAGUUCCUUUUCACCAUAUUUGGGUUCUUGCGUUUGGGAGUCCAAAUGAGCUAUCGUUGAAACGAAUCAUUGAUAGCUAUAACAAUUCGAAGAUCAGCUUCAUCAGUUCUAGCUACGAUUUCAAGUACUACGGAAGGUUUCAGAUGGCCCUACAGACUGAAGCUGAAUUCGUGUACAUUCUCGACGACGAUAUGAUACCUGGUCAGAAAAUGCUAGAGAUCUUGUCACAUGUGGCGGGGACAGAGAAGUAUAAGAACUCAGUUCUCGGCAGCAUAGGGAGGAUCUUGCCAUUCAGGCAGAAGGAUUUUACAUUCCCAAGUUACAGAAAGUUCCGAUCGAAGGAGGCUGGGCUGUAUUUGCCGGACCCUGCCUACGAUAUCACUGUCGAUAGGAUUGUGCAGGUGGAUUUUCUGUCGAGCUCGUGGUUUUUAUCUGCAGAUCUCGUUAAGACGCUGUUUGUGGAGACCCCCUUCACUUUCAUGACUGGCGAAGAUCUGCAUCUCAGUUAUCAGCUUCAGAAGUACAGGAAUGCCGGCUCUUUUGUGCUGCCUGUCAACCCAGAGGACAAGGAAACUUGGGGAGAUAGUGAACAUAGGCUCGCUUACGUCUCUGAGACCACAGUAAUCUUCAAAGAUAUCGUUCAAGUCCGAGAUGAUCAAUGGUGGCAGGCCCUCUCAACCGGUUACGUAACUCAGUGGGCUGCGAUGAAUCCUCAGAAAAUAGAUGCACUUUUCUAUGCUCAUUCUCCUGAAGAAGUGAGAGCACUUGCACCCCUUCUCGAGAAGUUCAGGUUGACCAUCGGAAAGAAGGCCUACAUCGUUGUCUCAGGGGGUGGAUUCUGUCCUUGUAAAGAAGCUGCAUCCAUUCUCAACUGGCCCGUAUUGGUCUGCAGAGAGAGGCGAUUCAAGAUCUUUGAUUUAGGGGUGGGGACUAUUUCAGGAGUAUCAAAUUCAGAGGUGCCCAUCUUACAGUCUGUAUACUCCAGCAUGAAAGGGCUGAUCAAAAUUCACAAUCCCAGCUUGCUGAUCACUGUUGCUGAUAUCGAUUCUAAUGUGAAGAAUGCUUUGAAAAUGGCGGUGGGGAGUAAUUCAAACCAUUCGACACUGGUUCUAUUGCCAAGAUCUGCAGUGCCAAAGGUUCUAUGGAUGGCUGAUUUGCGAUCAACAGCAUUGCCAAAUUGGAAUCGGAUGCAGAUCUCCAUAAACAUAAUCACUCAAAACCGUGCUUCAUCUCUCUUGAGGCUCCUCAAGUCUCUCAGUGAGGCUUACUAUCUUGGGGACGAGAUUCCUCUCAGUUUCAACAUGGACAGCAAAGUCAAUGAGGAGACAAUUCGGGUCGUAGGCACAUUCAAGUGGCCUCACGGCCCCAAAACCCUCCGGAGAAGGAUCAUCCAAGGAGGGCUUAUCCGUGCCGUCAGCGAGAGCUGGUACCCAUCGUCCAAUGAUGACUUUGGCCUCCUCCUCGAAGACGACAUUGAAGUCUCCCCCUACUAUUACCUAUGGAUCAAAUAUGCGCUCUUGACCUACCACUACGACCCGCAAAUCUCACUCCCUGAAAUCUCUUCAAUUUCCCUAUACACACCUCGGUUAGUUGAAGUAGUGAAAGAACGACCCAAGUGGAAUGCAACCGACUUCUUCAAGCGAAUCCAUCCAAACACGCCGUAUCUCCAUCAGCUACCUUGCAGCUGGGGUGCAGUUUUCUUCCCCAAGCAAUGGAGAGAAUUCUAUGUUUACAUGAAUAUGAGGUUUACAGAAGACGCAAAACAAAACCCAGUUCAGAUUCCAAAGUCUAGGACGAACGGUUGGCAAGCUUCAUGGAAGAAGUUCCUGAUUGAUAUGAUGUAUCUGAGAGGAUAUGUUAGUCUGUAUCCAAACUUCCCAGAUCAGCAGAGCUUUUCGACGAAUCACAUGGAGCCUGGGGCACACAUUAGCGCAAAGGACAAUGUGGUAAGGCACAACAAGGGGGAUUUUGAGGUGCCAUUGCUGAAGGAGGACUUCAGGCAGUUCUUGCCGGCGGGGAAGCUGCCAUCAGGUUCAAAGCUGCCAGUACUUAAUCUUUUCAACCAGGCGGUCUCUUUGAGGGGGCUGAAGGCGGCUGGAGCUAAGCUCAGGCAGGAUGUGAUCAGAUGUAAUGCGACAGAGCUUGUGAUCGUCGAUCAUGGGACAGGCUUGCCUCUGCAAUGUGCCAAAUUCUAAUUCUUUCCAAUUGGUGUUUGUUUCUAUUCUUUGUUUUUUGAGAUAUUUGUGAGUGUAAUUUCUGUUCAAGUUGGGGGGGAGGGGGAUUGGUUUUAAAGAUUGUACUGAUAAAUGAACUGUUGGAAGGAUGUUGCUGUUGAAUAGCCCUUCAAAUGGAGGGUCUCUUCUCAAUCUAUGUAGCCAAAAUUGGCUCUCUCUCUCU